CCCCCCCCCCCCCCCCCCCCCCCAAUGCUGGUCGCAUCGGAAACAAUGAGCGGUAAUCAUAGCUCUUGGUGUCCUGCUUGUCCUGCUUAUCCUUCUUGUUCCUGAACCAUCAACCGCCAGCUCCUGGAACCCCACAUUCACCAUGUCAGUGGAGACUGCAACUGCAGUUGGAAUGCCAGGGAUUCAAGACCCCGGACGGCUGGGCAUGGCCCAACUGCCCCGGGAAAUCUUUUGGAUGGUCCUGCACCUUCUUCGCCCCAGGGACAUUGUUCGUUGCCGUCUAGUGUCGCAGUCAUGGAAUGUGGCGUUCGGAGACCCCGCAAAUCUGAUUCCUUUGCUGAAGGAGUAUUUCCCACUAGCCAAAGAGGUCAGGGCACUGCACGAAAAGGGCAGAUCGAGCCCAACCCUCAAGACGGCAGAGGAUAAUAACUACUGGCGCAGUCUCUUCGAUCGGAUUGCUGCGAGAUAUGACCACCUGCGCCGCGGUAAAGCUCGGUCGGUGCAGAAAUAUGGGCUCUGCGGUGAUUUCGGUAGCUCCGGCGAGAGGGAAUGGUUUCCCGUGCAGCCGUGGGAUAUCCACGCCAGCCAUCUGAUGCAGCGUGUCGACUGUCCCUUCUCGGAAUCCUUCUGGACGUACGAGGAUGGUCUGGUGGUCUAUCCCAGCGCGCAUCACUCAGCCCUGGUUCUCCUGGACCUGGAGAGCGAUCGGAAAUUCAUGGUUCCGUUCAUGAUCACCGGCAAGGUCAUGCGUAGGAUUCGGUUGCAAAAGAGACUCCUCGUUGUCGAGUGGGCGGAACCCAAGGCCUUUCACUGGUUGAAUGACAGUGACGGAGUACACCGCCAUUUUGCUUCAUCCUUUGAUGUCAACAAGACAUCGAGCGGCUGGUCUGUCACUUUUCGGAACGAAUGGAAGAUCAUGUUCCUCGGCCACCCGUUGAGCGAGAGGGACAGGUUCUAUUCCUCCCACAGCCAAACACAUUACGCAAUCUACAUCUGGCAACCCAAUCGCAGCUUAUACACUGCGGAUGAGGAUGCUCCGAUUGAAUCGCUGUCCGUUUGGGACAUUUCCAAACCGUCGAGCUAUAGACCAUCUCUAGAUCCUUUUGGGCGUUUGCGACAGGACGGGGAAGAUGAGAGCCCCUCUAUCAUCUCCCGGUUUGGAUUUAGGGAGUUGGGGUUUCAUUCUGUUAGGCAGCGGGGGCUGCCUGGCAUGCAAUCUCUAAACAUAAGCGACGACGAUCAGUCGAUAGAGAUUGUGGAAAACAUUUGCACGGGCCCGAUGGACCGGCUCGUUGGGCCAGCCGAAUGGACUUCGCAAGUGCAAGUCACCAGUCUUCCCAUCAUUGGGAACGGGCCCUGUUGGAGGCGCUGUGGCGACCCGGCGCUGCCUCCUUAUCGCGGAAACAGCAGUCUACAGACCAAGCCGCUCACAUUUGCGGUCUGUGACGAGCCUUGGUACGCCAUUGUUUCCGAGGUACUUGAUGAGGAAGCACAGGUUGGCUUUUGCCUCCAUCUGUCGCCGAUUACGUGGCCAUUUAAUCUAAAGAUGUUUUUAACCAUUCGGACGCCGACAUCUACCCUUACCCUGAAGCAGGACCAGGUCUUCGAGCUUGUGGGUAGGGGCAAGAUCCACGGAAACGAACACUAUUUGGUCGGAGAGAAUGGAAAUCGCGAGCUUGUUAUCUACAGGUUUGAUCGAUAAGCUGUCUCGUCAUGCUGUAACGAUUGUCACGCCAGAAAGCGCUACGAUGCAUUUCUUCUGAACAACGGCAUAAAUGCACCUCAUGAAGGAACUUACAUUGUGUAUAGCGAGUUACCAUAUCACAAAUUCUUAUGUAUUCUAUGCAUCUACCAAUGUUGGGUCAUUUUCAUUUGGUUGAGCCUAUUCCUUUCUUUGGCAUAUUGAAGACAGCGCCACUUGAUAUACGGCCCAAAACAAGCAUUCUCUCUAGCAGUA